CUUGACCGCUUAUCUCACGAGACCGAGACCGUUGGAAAUCCUGUGCUUUCACUCAUCCGCCAGCUGGUCGAGCAGACACCGGCUGAGGUGGCAAAGUACAUUCACUGGGGCGCUACUACGCGGGAAAUCCAGGACAACGUCGCCAUGCUCCAGAUGCGCGGAAGUCUGCAGCUCGUCAACCGUCAUUUGCAAGAGCUGAGCACCAUUCUCCGUUCCUUUGCAGAGAAAUACCGCGAUACGCUCAUGGCAGGACGUACUCACCUUCAGCAUGCUUUGCCGCGCACGUUCGGUUACAAGUGCGCCGUCUAUUUAUCCAGUAACCUCAGGCACUUGGAACGUCUCCAAAAAACCCAAAAGCGCUGCAUGCUCGCUCAGUUUGGAGGCGCUUCU